GUAACAUCAGCGCAAUUCCAAUGCUUGCAGGCACAGCAAACACGUAGUACAUUGGCAGAGCAAAAGUGGUUUGCAUUUGAAUCAUACAAAUAUUGUAUUCCUUUUAUUAAAUGUCGAGAUGGGUAGAGGACGACGGUGUUGGGUUGCACAGGACGUAUUAUGAAGGUCUGUAUGGCAUUCUGGCUGGAAUAGGUGGCUCAUAACAAUUUGGUAAUAAAUUGAGAGAUGCUAAUCUAAUGGGUUUUCGGUUUUUUGCUAUGCACAAUGUUCUGUUAUACGUAUGUACACUCGUCGGGGUUUGGAGAUGAGGGCGAUCACGCAACAUGGCCGCAUUUUUACAGGUAAUAAAAAUGAACGGGAAAAUUUUUCAGACAGAAAUACAAGUAUGCCAACGAGAGGAUAAGGGUCUUAUUUUACUUGGUGUCAAUUGACUGCAUUCUGUUAUUUGGAAUUUUUAUUAUUUGCUUAAACAUUUUGCAUGAGCUUUUGUUCGGAAUUAAGGCAAAGUGCCCAAAAAAUUCAAACAAAUUGCAACAUUUUUGUAAAUAGUCUCAUGUAUCUACUUAGAUAACAAUAUUGGUAUUAUAUCAGUAAAAAUAUUUUCGACUAUUACUGAGAUUAGAUAAUUUGAAAUGCUACAUUUUUAUGAAUUUUCAUGAAAAUCAACAUAUGUAGCGUUCAGCAGCGUUGAAGCGUUGGGUAUGAUUUGUUGUCCCUUUGUAACCUUGGUAACUAAAGGGGGAAAAGUGUUUCUCUCAAAUUUCUCGAAAAUUUUUCCUUGAAAAUAUUGUUGAGAUUGAUUUGAAAUACAAUUCUACUAUUGAUUAUAAAUAAUUAGUAAUAAUUUCAUCGUCGUGUCAUAUGAACUAUUAAAGUCAGUUAUAUUCAUUGGCAGACAUAUAAGCUUCAUAAAUAACUGGUACCCCAAGAACCUAAAUACAUAACUAAGAAUCCAGUGUCAGCUCUACAGAAUGUCAGACGCAGUAAUGUGGAAACCGUCCUCGUACAGCGACUCCAUUAAAUUUUACGAGAGAAUGUCCCAACUUCAAGGAGAAUUGAAGACGUACGAGAGUCAGCACUUUAAUCUGGAGGAAGAGUUUCAACGGUUGUGGACACAGGACACAAGUGUCCCCGUUUCAGCCAGUGGAGUGGAGCCAAAGACAACCACUCGUGUUCAACUUGGUCAUUUAUCCGAGAAAAGUCAACUUCUGGCCAACCCCACUAAUACAAAUCCGCGAAAUUAUGAGGAUCAGGAUCCACGACGUGCUAGAAAUGCCUCAAUUUUGGAUAAACUCCAGGAAUUGGAAACAAAUGCGUCGAUUUUCGCAGCUCGUUCUGAACGACUUCGGAUGAUGAGAAAUGAAUAUGAAAACCUCGUCCGAAAAUAUUCGACCCACAGAAAUCACAGGGGGGCAUCGGAAAGUAAUUUCGGAGAAAGCAGAUCCCUUUCCAGCAAAAAAAGAGUUGAGAAUUCAGUCACGAUGACCUCAACCUCGUCGAACACGGAUAUUACUGGUCCAGUUACGCCAAUACUGAAUCAAGGAAAGACAAGUUUCCUAAAUAUUGACAUCCCUCUUGAUCAAGCUUCUGAACAAGACUCUGCUGAUGGUCACCCUCGGGACUUUUAUAAAGAACGUAACCGCCAUCACCGAGGUCUGAUCUCAAUUAGUGGAGAAUACCCCAUCAACGGUUUACCUUCAACCGGUACCUUUCCUUCGAAAUACGUGCCCAGCACGGGAAAGCAGGGCCCUACCAAGAAGCUAGCCUUUCAGGAUGAUAUUUCCAGCACUACGAGUGAAUCUGCGGAUUUAAAACCAGAGUAUCGUAGUAAUAAUAAUCAUCCGCAGAAGCAAGAGGAAGAGCAUUUUGACGAAACUUCGGCAGACACCACUUCACUUUCUGUGCUGCUGCCAAAAUCUCGGGGCUCGAAUUAUAUACUAAGCGUCUCCACAGACGGAUCCUUGUCAGACUCCACUUCAAUAAAACACCAGCAGCAGCAGCAGAAUCCUUCCAUUAAUGCAAGAAAUCCCAAAACGAGCAAUGUCCCUCUCGCAACAAAAGAAAGCCUAACUGUCAUUGAUGUUGUUGACGAUGAGCCUCACAGAGCAGAUGCCAAUGGGAAUGGCCAAGAAAUUACGGGGAAAACUUUCCCUGGUGCCACUGCCACUGGUUCCAUGCAGGUAGAGGAAGAAGGGAGAAACCAUGUUGAUGCAAAUGAUGCGACUUAUCUACCAGAUCAGGAAGGAGACCAUUCCUCCAUGGCCAAUGACAGCUCGUUGCACAGCAUAGGAGACAGUCUGAUGGAUUCUACUUACCACAAAAAUAAGGCCUCUGCAGAAUCUAUGCAACACAAACGGAUACACGACGACGACGAUUCCUCCAACCAGCAUAACAUUACUCGAGCGGGCAAUGCCAUAGAAGUGAAAAGUAAAGAGGAUGAUAAUAAUGAGGUGAGUAAUAUUGUUGAGAAGAAAGCAGGACUAAAGUCUAUACAAGCCCAGCAAGGAGAAAUCCAACAGAAUAUCAGCAAAAUACCAUCAUCAUCACCCUUUCUCCCGAACCAGCCACAAUCUCCACGAAGAAUCCAAACUGCGACUGAUGAACAGAUCGACGAAGAACCAAAGAAAGAAAGAACUUUCGACACGGCUGUUGACAAAUAUGCACAUGGUCCAAGCAAUGCGGGUUCAGCAGAGUUUGGCAAUAAUUUAGCGAAACUGGAUCAUAAUUCAUCGCAAAUUAUUAAUAUGGGGACAUCAUCUUUGCCAACAUGCAGUGAUGAUGGUGAGCUGCAUCCCUUAUCGGAUGCAUUGCCUCCUUCACCUCGCCCUCCUCUCUCCAUAACUAAUGAGACAUCGCAAAAAAUGCGACAAACAACAGGAAAUUCAGCUGAAGACGGAGGAGCAGAUCAUUCCGGGCUGAACGGUAAUGAGAAGAUCGCUCAAAAUAACAAAAUUGGCAAAUCAGAUUCGAAGAUGCGGGAGACAAGAGAAUCAAAAUUAACGUCAAAGAUUAAAUCUCGCCGUCUCAAACUGAAUUUUGACGACUCAGAAUCAGACAACUCAGAAACUGAGAGAGAGAGGGGAAACCCAGGCAAAAGGGGGGAUGAACCUGUCGUUAAAGGGUCCUCACUUUCGACGUCCGUUUCGACGAAACAAGUACCGACAAAGGAAGAAUUAGAUGCCGAAUUUGAAGAUUUCUUUGGUUGAUUUUGUGUUUUGUUAUUAAUUA